CACUAUUAUACGUCGGAUUUCAAUCAUCCGCACGCACCUCUUUGUUAUCCCUCCCUCCUCAAUCUAAAACCCUAACCCUAGAAAGAAAUGUGCACUUGCAACAACCUCCAUGUCCAAACCACAUCAAAUAACCAUAACACUGGACCUUGAACACAUCAUGUUUCCAGAACACGUCCCCUACAGAGCUGAAACACUAGAACACGACCCCUACAGAGCUGAAACCCCAGAACACGACGAGCUCACAAUCUCUGAACCAUGUCUAAGAGACAUUCCUGGACAAUCGACCCCGACCUGGACGGCAUCGACCUCGAACCCGAAGACUUCGGAUCAUCAAUCCCGCUAAAGAAAGUCCCAUUCGGCGACGUAUUUGAGGCGUCGCGUGCCGGAGACGUUGAUCGCCUAGGGUACCUCCUCGAGUCGGGUGUGAACGUCAACGCGCGCGACCAAUGGGAUUCAGUGGCUCUGUAUUAUGCUUGUUUGGCGGGGCACCUCGACGCCGCGAAGAUGUUGUUGGAGAGCGGAGCGAUAUGCUCAGAGCAUACAUUUGAUGGGGACCGGUGCCAUUACGCGUCGUUGAAUUUGAAGGUGAGGAAGCUGCUGAAAGCUUUUGAGGCUCGGCCGCCGCCAUUGGGGCCGUUGCAGGCGGCAUUGAGAGAGACAUUCUUGGGAUGUUGGGCUAACAGGGUUUAUCUCGAUCAGUUAGAUAGCCAAUCUCAAAUUCCAGGUUAUUCAUCAAAUGGAGGAUUUAGUUCCAGCCACUUCCCUCCAGACGUUGUAUUUUAUAUUCAAGGUAGACCUAUUGAAGCUCACAGAGUCAUUUUGAGUGCUAGGUCACCUUUUUUCAAGAAAAAAUUUGAGACUGACUGGAAAGAUCGCAAGGAAGUAAGAUUUUCAAGGGAAAAGUUGUCUUAUCCUGCUCUUUACAGCCUCAUACACUUCUUUUAUUCUGAUAGACUUGAGAUUGCAGUAGAUGACAUGGAAGAUCUUGUGAGAAUUAGUAAGGUUUGCAAGUGUGAAUCAUUACAGAGGGUUCUCGAGAAAGAACUGAUUCACCAAAAAUAUGCAGACUACAAAGCUCUCAGAGAUAUGGACAACUCUCUGAAACGGUUUAUCCUACAGGGCCUGUCCCUUCCUGAGGAAGACCGUCUUCCUGCUGCUCUGCAUCGGAUCCUUGAAAUUUCUCUUGCCAAUUCAACUAGGGAGCAGAAUGUAGAGGGUGGUGUUGACAAUUUGGUGUCCUGCAUUGGUGCAAUGCAGAUUAGUGAAUUUGAGCAUGAUCAUGCAGAUGUUUGUGUUAGAGUUGAUAAAAAGAUCUUUCGCUGCCAUCAAGUGGUCUUAGCAUCAAGAUCUGAGUACUUUAAAGCAAGAUUGUCCCGUAUGAAAGAUUUUUUUGAAGGAAAAAAUGGUUUACCUGGUAUUCUUCCAUGUCUUGAAGAACAUGAUCUGAGCAUGGAGGCAUUUGAGAAAAUGAUUGAAUAUAUGUACACUGAUGGUUUGAAAGAUAUUAACCCAGAUCAGGCAGACGAAAUGUUUGAUGCUGCUUCAAGAUAUUUGUUAUUUCCUCUUAAGCGAGCUGUAGCUGAUGUUCUGUUGCCUCACCUGGAAAAUGUUCCACCUGCAGAAUUGUGUCAUUGGCUGGUAUUGUCGGACAUGUAUGGUGUUCUAAAGAUUCGGGAGUAUUGUCUAGAUGCAAUAGCUUGUGACUUCGAAACAUUUGCUGACACUCCCGAGUUCCGGUCAAUGCUUUUAACGCUUCCGCCACCAUCUGGAGAUUCCUCACUCCGAACCACUGCGCCAAGUGCUCCAGGAGCUGGGGUCAACACAGACCAAGGUAAUCUUCUUGAUGAUCUGCGAGAAAAAUGGCUCGAGGCUGAAGGUGCUGAACUUGACGAGAGAGAUGAGAGUGCAUUACUUUUUGACAAACGACUUGAGAUGCUUAUGGUUGUUGCGGAACAAGAAAAAUCAAGUGCUCUUGCCGACAGUACUGAUGAAUGAACGACAUUCUCUUGGUCUCUGGAUCUGGCUUCUCCUUGUUCUCUAUUCUUACACCAAAGUGAAUAAAAGAAAUAAUGUACGUGUUCUUCAUUUUUAUUUACAUACACAAGUACUUUGUUGUUGUAGCAGUGCAAUUUUGUAACCGCACAUUUGUUUACUAAAUAAAUUGAGAGCUUUAGUUGUUUUUUUGUGA